AUUUAAAUUGCCUUCAAUAUUGUUUCAUCAGAAUUUCUCACGCGGCGAAUUAAUCACUUGCCCAUGUGCAUGUACAAAGCGCUAUUAACUAUUGAAGUGCUGUUUUUGUUCAUUUCAUUUCAAGCAUGGAUUCAUACAAUAUAUAGCUGUCCUUCCAUAAACUUUCUAACCUUUCCAAGUUGCAUAACAUAACCAGCAUAACAGACAACGGCUUAAAAAAAACACAAUCACCGUGUAGUCGGUUGUUCUGUUUGUUUAUCUUUACUGUAAACCUUGCUCAGCAUAAGCAAUAGCAGGAGUUCUUGUGAAGUUGAUUGUUUCAGAUCUACCUGCUCUGAAAGAAAGGAACGCACGUGCGCGCUCUGUCUCUUCCAAACUCUUUGUUUCUUGGCUCCUCCUCCGGACCGCAAUGUGACAGAUUCAACUUGUCCGAGCCCGAGCGCAGCUCCUCACUUAUUCCCACUGUCACUAUCACGCUUUGAUCGAUGUCGUGACGCACAGACAGCAUCUCGAUCCCCCCCGUGCCAGGCUGAUUUUACUUAGCGAGUUGUUGUUGUUUUCUUAAUUCUCCCGUGAUCCAUUACUUUUGUCCGAACACUUUCAAGACAUUUAUUUAGUGCUGAACAUGGCCACACCGGCUGCUCUGCUGCCCGCGACACCAAUGGCCCACGCGCCUCCGAUGUCGGUCCCCGCGGCAGUCAACUCCUCGACCCCGGCGACCCUCUCGCCCUCACCGUCCGUCACCCCAUCCGGACCGAGCCUCUUCAGAUCGGACAUGCUCUCCUCCGCGAGCCCGGGCAUCUCCAUCGGAAGUCUCCCGCACAAACCCGUGUAUUCCACUCCUUCUCCGGUGGAAAACACCCCUCAAAACAACGAGUGUAAGAUGGUCGAGGUCCGAGGCGCAAAGCUCGCGUCUUUCACUGUCAACGGCAACGAGCUCAUCUGCCUCCCGCAGGCGUUUGACCUGUUUCUCAAGCACCUGGUCGGUGGACUGCACACCGUGUACACUAAACUCAAACGCCUGGAGAUAACGCCUGUGGUGUGCAACGUGGAGCAGGUUCGCGUCCUCCGUGGACUCGGCGCGAUUCAGCCCGGAGUCAAUCGCUGCAAACUUAUAUCGAGAAAAGACUUCGAGGCUCUGUAUAUCGACUGUACCAAUGCAAGCUCCAGACCUGGCAGACCUCCUAAACGAACCCAGAGCAUGACAUCACCCGAGAGCCCUCACGUCCUGCCCCACUCCGUCUCCGGACUCAUGUCCUCAGGAAUGAUGUCUCACACUGGCCUAACAGCUGCCACACUUGCUGAAGCCAUGAAGAAGAAGAUCAAAUUGGAGGUGAUGAAUAGUUACCAUGGCAAUAAUAACCACGGCACAGAUUCUGAGAAUGGUGACAUCACCUCCAGCAUGGGUCUGGAACUUCCGUUCAUGAUGAUGUCACAUCCCUUGAUUCCAGUCAGUCUGCCUCCUGCCUCGGUCGCCAUGGCGAUGAACCAGAUGAACCAUCUCAGCACUUUCGCCAAUAUGGCAGCCGCUGCUCAGGUCCAGAGUGUCCCGUCCAGAAUGGUGACGUCAGUUAUAAAGGAGCGAGUCCCAGACAGCCCGUCACCUGUCCCGUCUCUGGAUGAUGGCCGCAGGUCCGGGAGCCACUUAUCCUCCAGACAGAGCAGCUCCGUGUCCAGCUCUCCUGCCCACACAGAGAGCUCUUCUGACCGGCCACAUUUACAUCAGAAUGGUCUUUCUCUUGGCCAUGCCUUGUUAGGCCUGUCUCCAAGUGCACCACCAGGCCCAAAAGAGGGGGAUCUGGCAACCCAUGACACAGGCCAUGAAACAAAGAGGGCUUCUACAGAAAAAGAAGAAAAUGUCUUGUGCACACCAACAUCUCGUAACAGCUAUGAGCGAGUGUCUCAUUCUGGGCCAACAUUACCCCCAGGAUUCCCUGCUCCACUGCUCUUUCCUGAGGGCCUGUCCUCCAUAGAAACCCUUCUCACCAAUAUACAGGGUCUGUUAAAGGUGGCUAUUGAUAAUGCACGGGCACAAGAGAAGCAGGUCCAGCUGGAGCGCACAGAGCUGAAGAUGGAGCUGUACAGAGAGAGAGAGCUGCGAGAGACGCUGGAGAGACAGCUCUGCGUCGAGCAGAAAAACAGAGCACUCAUCCAGAAGCGGCUGAAGAAAGAGAAGAAGACCAAGAGGAAACUGCAGGAGGCUCUGGAGGUCGAGUCCAAGAGAAGAGACAAGGCCGAGCAAAACCUGCAGCGGACGGCCUGCAGUGAGAGAUCACCCACUCAAAACGACCCUCCUCAACAGGAAAUUGAAAAAAACCAUAACAGCAGCAAAACUGACACGGACAGAACAAUACAAGAUGGAAGACUCUUUCUAAAGUCUGCAAUGAUGUACUGAAGAAUGAAGACGAGGAGUAAAUGCAUUCAUACUGUAUAGAAGAGACUGUAGUCAAUUGCCUGGUAAAUAACGUCUGCAAUUCUGCUGGAGGACUGAUGGAAGACAAUGAAGCAAUUUUAUAGGCUGAUGUCAGUGUGUUGCAGCACAAGGACUUGACAAGAUUAUUAUGGCCACUGAAAGUCAGCAUUCAGUAAAAUGAAGCGUGAGUCACCCAUCCUCAUGAGAUGGCCGAGAAGAAAAUGCUAUCACAACACACACCUGGAUGAAUAACCAGGUUUCCAGGAGACUUUUCACAACACUGAGAAAUUAAAAGCAUUUUAUAAAGCAUUUCAAUCUGCCUGACUACACUGACAGAUUAAAUAUUCAAAUAGACGUUUGCCAUUUUAUGCCCUUUUAUUGCCCAUUUUACGUCAAUUUCAAAACAUCAUUUCAUGAAGGGAGGUGUCUGAAGAGAGGUUUGAAUUUAUUUAGCUAUUUAUCAAAUAUAGACACUGCAUUUAAAUACGUAUUGUGUAUCUCUCUGUUAUUUCCGAAAAAGAAGGUAUAGCUGGCCAGAUUUUAUUUAAUUUUUUUUAUUUUUUUGUCAUUGUUGUAUUUGGGAUCAUAGCAGAUUUGUCUCAAAAUUCAUCAAAUAUGUACGUAAAAGUGUAGACAUGCUACUGUGCAUUGUAUGCUGUAGACCUAGGAAAUCAAUACAAACAUUUUGGUUGCACUUUAUUUUACAGCACGUGUACUAACAUGUACUUAUAGUGUAAUUACAGUGUGUUUAUCUAAGAAAGUUCUGGUAAUACAAGGUAACUACAUGGGGUAGGGUUAGGUUUAGGGGUAGGUUCAGGGUUAGUACCUAGUUAUUACAUAGUUAUUGUAACUACUAUAAUAAGUACAUAGUAUGUACACGAGGAACAACUGUAAAAUAAAGUUUUACCAACAUUUUUAAUAAGAUUUCUUGUAUCUAAGUUAUUUUUUGUUCAGUUGCCGUUUAUUAUCCUGCUCGACAUGGAGAGCAUGCUGGCAUGUCGUUACUUCUGUCCUGUCCAUCUGGAAUACAAUAAAGUUUUUCCCACAUGCUU